AUGUCUUUCACCGACCCCAACGAGUCCUUCUUCUUGGACGCUGUGGCGAGCAGGUCUCGACCAGUUGUCCAAGUCCUCCCCCUCAACGACACCACAGUAUUCGAAUAUCUCGAUCCUCAUCCAGACGCCCUGCUCAGAUACCUGGGAGAGCGCCCUGGAUUGCCAGAGUACUUCAGCAGGACUUUCGCGCAGAACCACAAUACGCACGGCGGGUCCGCCGUCGAGAAUGUGACAAGCCUCACUGCAGGCGAAGAAGAUCUCUUUGGGGAUUCAGUUGGUCCCAUACAAGAGUUCGCAUUGCAGCAUACUGUGGAAGCUGAACAGCUCGAUGAUGAAGAUGGCGAUAUAUAUAUGUAUCUGGAUGACGACGAAGAAGCCAACGAAGAAGAAGAGAAUCACAACGAAAACAACAAUGAGGAGGUUGACGACAGCGACAGCGCCAGUGACAGCAAUGGGGAUGAGCACGGUUAUCAGAGCAGUGCUUAUAGGGACGAUGAAAGCAACGUUGGCAGCGACGGUGAGGUGAAUGACGACGCCAUCUCCAACGAGGUGCCUUCCGAGGCUGGUCCUUGGACACCUUCGAGUAGCAACACCGCUUCCACCAGCAACACCAGUUUCAGCAGCGACACCGCAACGCCCGCCUCCCAAAACGGCGCUGAAGAAGGGGCAGACGAUCAGGACGGCAACGAUGAGCAGCAGGAGGGGCUGAUGCCAUAUCCUGCCCCUGCAGAUCUUGUCGCUGCCUCUCGCCUUGGACCACCGACGCGCUCCUGGGCAUUGUGGGAAGAGGAGGCAUGUAUCCGCCACAUGCUCAACAUCAAUGCCGAGCGACAACUCACAGGAGAGUCGCGAUUCCGAGAAGCCCUGCGUCGGAUGCAGGUCCACGAUGGUGUCACGAGAACUGGAUACUGUGCAGUCAAGAAUUUCUGGAAUCGCGUCGGCCGUGCUCGUUCGAGGUUUGACGAACGGAGAAAUAAGAAAGCGCCACUGGCCACGUCGAAGCAAGGCAAGAGAGCGGAACGGAAGGCUUCCGCCGUGUCACGCCAACGACGUAAGACUGCUCGAGCCUCUUCCUUCAAUGUGAAAGCUGGCAACACCAGACAUCGACGCUCUUCUGAAUCCUCCACCGACGAAAACGAGUCGGACUACUCCCUCCAGAGUGAUGAUGAGUGA